AUAUAGUGAUAUGGAGGAAGGACCAAUGAGUGUUGAUUCUGAUGAAGGAGAAAUGAUCAUUAAUGAGGUUGAUGGUUUGCCAAAUUUACACCCUAACUACAAUGAAUUGAAUCUCAAUGAAACUAAUACCCAGAAAGACAUUCCUCAGACUAUUGCUGAUUUAGUCAAUGAUGAAGAUCUGCCUACUUCUCUAAUUGUCACAAAUUUAGACUCACUGCUGUUUAAGACUGAUGAACUUAAGAAAGAAAUUGAACAUUUGUUUUCUCAGUUUGGGGAAAUAGUGUCUUUUCAAUACUUCAGAAGUUUUAAAAGAAUGAGAGUUAACUACAGUAGCCCUGCGGCUGCUGCUAAUGCCAGGAUUCAACUUCAUCAAACUAUGUUCUUAAAUACAGUUAUCAAUUGCUAUUUUGCCCAGCCUGUAACGCCAAUUGACAGUGCUGAUCAACAUUUGCAUCCUCCUGCUCCUGAGAAGCAAUUCCUAAUUUCACCUCCAGCAUCACCGCCGAUAGGCUGGGAGCCAACUGGGGAAGCUGAACCUCUCGUUAAUUAUGACCUCUUAGCCGCUAUUGCUAACCUUACCCCUGGAGGAACACAUGAACUACAUGCAGGCUCUGACAACCAACCAGGCAUCGUAGUGCAUGUCUGCGAGGAGACUAUACCUACCCCUCAGCCGGCUUCCGUUAAGCCUCGCAUCAUGCAUACCAGGUGUCCUCAGCAUAACUAA